AACGACCCGACCGGAAAACCAUCCGGCAGAGCGGAGCGGAGCAGGCGAGGAAAGAUGGCAGCCGCGGCAGUGGCUGAGUUUCAGAGAGCUCAGUCUCUUCUGGGAACAGACCGGAACGCCUCCAUCGAUAUCUUACACUCUAUAGUGAAGCGGGACAUCCAGGAGAGUGAUGAGGAGGCGGUGCGUGUUAAAGAGCAGAGCAUCCUGGAGCUGGGUGGGCUGCUGGCCAAGACAGGACAGGCUGCAGAGCUCGGGGGUCUGCUGAAAUAUGUCCGCCCCUUCCUCAACUCCAUCUCCAAGGCCAAGGCGGCUCGGCUGGUCCGCUCCCUGCUGGACCUGUUCCUGGACAUGGAGGCGGCCACGGGGCAGGAGGUGGAGCUCUGCCUGGAGUGCAUCGAGUGGGCCAAAGCUGAGAAGAGGACCUUCCUCAGGCAGGCACUGGAGGCUCGUCUCAUCUCACUGUAUUUCGACACAAAGUGCUACCAGGAAGCACUACAACUUGGCUCCCAGUUGCUGCAGGAGCUGAAGAAGAUGGACGAUAAGGCGCUGCUGGUGGAGGUCCAGCUGCUGGAGAGUAAGACCUACCACGCUCUCAGCAACCUGCCCAAGGCCCGCGCCGCCCUCACCUCCGCCAGGACCACCGCCAACGCCAUCUACUGCCCCCCCAAGCUACAAGCAGCUUUAGACAUGCAGUCAGGGAUCAUCCAUGCAGCGGAGGAGAAAGACUGGAAGACGGCGUACUCCUACUUCUACGAGGCCUUUGAGGGCUACGACUCCAUCGACAGCCCCCGAGCCAUCACAGCACUCAAAUACAUGCUGCUCUGCAAAAUCAUGCUCAAUUUGCCAGAGGACGUCCAGGCCCUCAUCAGUGGUAAACUAGCUCUACGGUAUGCUGGCAGACAGACGGACUCACUGAAAUGUGUGGCACAAGCCAGCAAGAACCGGUCGCUGGCAGACUUUGAAAAGGCACUAACAGAGUACAAAGCAGAGCUGAGGGAUGACCCCAUCAUCAGCACCCACCUGACCAAGCUGUAUGACAACCUGCUGGAGCAGAACCUCAUCAGGGUCAUUGAACCGUUCUCCAGGGUCCAGAUGGCACACAUUUCCUCCCUCAUCAAACUAUCAAAGGGAGACGUGGAGAGGAAAUUAUCACAAAUGAUCCUGGACGAAAAGUUUCACGGUAUCUUGGACCAAGGCGAAGGUGUGCUGAUCGUGUUUGACGAGCCGGUGGUGGACAAGACGUACGAGGCGGCCCUGGAGACCAUCCAGAACAUGAGCAAAGUGGUGGACUCGCUCUACAACAAAGCCAAGAAACUAACAUAAGAGUGAGACAUCCUGUCAGGAGGACGUGGGGCCAGUCAGACCAACGUUGUUCUCUCACUUCAGCUCCGGAGGGACGAGGACGAGGACAAACUCUUUACAACCCAGCAAGCAAACAACCAGCUGCCCAAUGAAGACCACCCAACAAACAACAACAACAACAACAACAGCGUGGAGGACGCAGCUCCUCCUCCCUCGUCUCCUCGUCUCUCGUCUCUUCCUCCCACUCUGAGCGUUGAUGUGACACAACGUGGACUAAUUCAGGCUCUGAGCCCCUCUCCUCCUCUCCUCUUCUGGUUUCUACUGUAUGUAAAAAAAUUGGACAUUUCCCCUUUUUUCCCCUGUUUCUCUCUGCGCUGGCCAUCAGGGAAUCUUGUAAAAUAACAGUAAAGAAUACAUAUACUGUAAUUAUACAUACAUGUAUUAUAUAUAAAAGAAAAAAACAACACGACAUGUUGGAUAAGAGUGUAACUGGGGUAAUGGUGGGUUGGUUGGUUUCGUGUCUCACUGGAUUCUUCCCGUUGGGUUCUGUUGGGUUCUGUUGGGUUCUCCAACCAGCCCUGGAACCUGAAUGUUUCAAUCUCAAUGAUUUUCUGCGGUUUUGAAGAAUCGUCCCACAGUUAACGUGUCACCUGAAGAGGCUUUUUCCAAUCGGUGGCCACCACAACGACCCCUCCCUGACCCCCACAUGACCCCUGACCCCUCCCACCCUGAGUGGCCUCAUCACCCACUCACUCACCCACUCACAAGGCAUUCUGGAUUCGUGGACCAUACAGGGAAUUAGCUCUUCUGUCCACUCGGGACCAUGCCACGAGGAGAGAAGGACUUUCAUUAAUUUCCUCCCUCUCUUGCACUCCCACUUCCUGUUUGUAUAUAACAUUGCCAAGCGCCUCUGUUCAUUCAUGAUGUAUUCACACUCUCCCCUUUUUUAUAAUGCGUAAGAACAGAGGAACCCUCGCUCAGUCACACUGAAGAGCUUUUGAUGCUGGAGAACGUGGCUGAGAGGAACUCUGUGCAGGUCGGUUUGUGCAGAAAAGGGCGCUGAAGAAAAUCAAGCUGUACAUUUUUGGGGAAACUUAAUUUUGCAAGGACUUGAGGGUUUACCAUAUAUGACAUAGAGAAAGACAAAUGCUAAUAAAAAAAAUUUAAACCUGCAGAUUUUUUGUGAUUUUAAGCAUCCUGGAGAUAAGAAUGUGUUGGAGGUUUUUCCACUGUGGGGUUAUUAGCUUUGUGUCUUUAUAAUACGAUCAAACACUUUCCACACUGCACUCAACUCAAUCUCCUCAUUGGGACCUAUACGCUGCAAGAUGUAAAACGAUUGGGCAGACUCGAUUGGAGUGACAGCAACAGCACGGCAACUUCCACUGUUGCUUCAACCCAGAUUCCAAAAAAGUUGGGUAACUUACAAAAGUGUAAAUAAAAGUAAAUGUGAACUUAUGCAAUUCCUUUUUGACCUGUAUUCAAUUAAAUAAGUACAAAAGCAAGACAUUCAAUGCUCAAACUAUUUUUUUUACUUCAAUGCAUUAUAUUUAUCCUUUACAAAGUACACUACCGGUCAAAAGUUUUAGAACACACCAACUUUUCCAGAAUUUAAUUGAAAAUGAUGCAGUUUAAUGUCUCAGUGUACUCUGAAAUUAAUGCACAUUUGCAACAUUUAAAAUUCUUUAUUGAGCAUGAUAGUGUUUUGAAAGUAAAAAAAAGAUUCAAAAUCACAUUUUAUGUUGGACUAAAGGACUAAAAAAAGACACAAAAUGACCAAAAAAAGACAAAAUGACAAAAAAGACACAAAAUGACUUACAAAGACAUGAAAAGAAUUCAAAAAUGGACAAAAUAGCCCAAGACUCCAUAGAGUUAAGUUGUUAACCCAUUUCUUGUUCCCUGAAAAAGGCCUACUUGUAUAAUUCUGAAAUGUACAUUAUUUUCCAGUUUUGGUUAAGCUUACCUUUUUUUAUUUACCUCUGGCAGUUCACCACUUACCUUU